GAACAUCUGUGUGUUCACACGGACGUCCGCACAACUGAUAUCUCAGAGAUCAGGCAUUUUGACAGUGAUCCCUUUUAAAGUGAACAUUCAUUUAUACAGGCGUGUUGGAAAUACAUUUACAUUUUUAGAAGUCUGUGAACGCAAUCCACUGUAAAUGCAGCAGGUGGCAUACUGUCUGGCCCUAGGCCUCUUCGUCCUCAUCAUGGGUAUCCAUAGUCACCCAGAACGGCCCAACAUCCCCGUCGACCCGGUGGCUCAAGCCAUCUUUCAGACGGCGGAGGCGAACCGAACCCCCGACGGCUUCCUCACGCAGGAAGAGAUGACAGAGAUCUUCCAGCGCUUCGACAUGAACGCUGACGGCAACAUAGACGAGACGGAGUUCAUCGCGCACUGGACGCUGCUGAAGCUCGGGGACCUCGAGCACGCGGUGACGCUCUUCCAUCGGGCAGACACGGACAGGAACGGGGAGAUCUCCAAGAACCCCGACUUUGCGAGGCUCUUCUAUUACUUCGACAGAGACGGUGACCAUAAAAUCGCAGAGUCGGAGUUCCUCGCGGUUUGGUACAGCUUGUCCACAUAAACAUAUCGCGUAUGUGUCACUGACAAUAAAAUAAAUUACUGACGUAUCCGCUU